AUGGCUUCUUCGGCGCCUCAAUCUCCUGCUCGUCGAGAUGGCAGUUCUUACUUUGACACCUCCCCUGAGCGGCCAUCCCCAUCUAAACUCCUGCGGCUUCACCACCUCUUCGUGGACCGAGCAGCAUCGCUCCCGCCUCGGAGGCUCUCGUCGCCGGCAAAGAAGACACCGCAGAUCAGACCUCGGCUCAACCAAUACUACACGCUGGAUCACGCUGUCUCACUGUUCAAGUCGUCCAGAAAUAUCAUCAUCUUGACCGGUGCGGGCAUUUCGACUUCUUUGGGCGUACCCGACUUUCGUAGCGCGAACGGCGUGUACAACCUCCUAGAGGACUCGGUAUACGACGAUCCACAGGAGCUUUUCCACAUCGACAACUUCAAGGCCGACCCGGAAGAAUUCUUCAAGCAAGCCGCAAAGGUGUUCCCCAAGAUGCAGGGUCUCGUGCCGUCAAAUGGCACUGCUGCUCCUCCACUGGUUCCGAAGUUCAGUCCGACGCACGCUUUCAUUGCCAUGCUACAAGCCAAGGGCAAGUUAUUGACGAAUUACACUCAAAAUAUCGACGGCCUCGAGAUGGCCGCUGGUGUGUCGCAAUCCAAGUUGAUUCAGUGCCACGGGACAUUGGGAACGGCCACUUGUAUGAGUUGCGGAAAGAGGGUUACAGCACGGAAAUACAUGCCUGUGGUCCAAGCCGGAGGUGUGCCCUACUGCAAAUGCUCGCUCGAGGACGGAGGACCGAGGCCGUCCACUAAGACCAAGCAGCGCGGACGGACGGGCAGAAAGAAGCGGAAACGAGACGAAUACGAAGACAGCGACUCCGAAGAGUCCAAUGGAAGGGCUGGUUUCCCCAAAGGUCUGCUCAAACCCGACAUGACGUUCUUCGGCGAAGAAAUUGCAGACUCUUACGCCCCUCGUCUGAAGCUCGACAAAAGCAAAGUAGACCUGCUCGUCAUCAUCGGCACGUCGCUGAAAGUCGAACCCGUCAACGAAAUGCUCCUCAACAUCCCGCCCACAGUGCCUCAAAUCUGGAUCAGCAAGGACCGCUGCCAACGAGAGGGCGUCAAGGUGGACAUUGAGUUGCUCGGCGAGUGCGACUUGAUCCUCGAGGAGAUUGCGCGGCGCGCCGGCUGGGAGGACGCACUGCGCGAAAGACUCUGGACAGGCGGCAAGGCGUCCGAUCCGAAACGGUCCCAGCCAAAGCCGCAUUCAGAUCGAAGCCACGAGAUAAAUCGACCCAAGCGGCAGGAUGAUGGCUCCUCACCAGUGAAACCCGAGAGGCCUUUGCAGAUUCGACAGAAAUCAACCGAGUUCCCAAGCCUGACGAUGAACCCGGCACCCGAGGUCAAUGGGUGUAUGUCUGUCAAGAAUGACCCGUCCAGGGAAAAUCCAGUUCGUCACGAGGAGAGAGAAGACGAGAAACCAAGUCUGAAGCAGCAAUCGAAAUCUUGUCCGGCACCGAGAGUCGUUGUCGAGCUGGAGGAAGGCACGAGAAAUCGGUGGUAUGUCAGGCGGGCAAAGUGA